UCGGUUCAUCCAGAAAACUAUCUAUGAUGGGCCUUGAGUUGGGCAACAUCUUCACCUUCAUCAACAUCCACAUCCCUUUCUGGGGUCAUUUUACAAAACCUUCAUUACAUUGACUAAAUAUUUUGCUAAGUCCGCCAAAAGAACGAAGAGUGGGUUUAGGCUAUGGUUGACGAAGCAGCAGCAUCAGCAUCUGAAGCUUCGGUGACGGAAGUCGCGCAAACCCUAGAACCUAACCAAGCCUCGAUUGAAGCCACCGUCGAAUCUGUUGUUCAAGGCGGCGCUGAAUCGUCCUGUAACAACAACAACAACAACAACGCGGCGGAGAGCGCUGUGACUGAUGUUGUUUCCGAAGAGGACCGUGAGAAGACGCUCGAGUUCGCCGAUGAGCUCACUGAGAAAGGCUCUGUGUUCUUGAAAGAGAUGGAUUUCGCCGAAGCUGUCGAUUGCUUCAGCCGCGCCCUCGAGAUCAGGGUUGCACACUAUGGUGAGCUUGCUGCUGAGUGUGUAAACGCUUAUUACAAGUAUGGAUCAGCUUUGCUGGAAAAGGCUCAGGCUGAAGCUGAUCCACUUGGUAACAUGCCCAAGAAAGAAGGCGAAACUCAGCAAGAGUCUAGCUAUAAGAACACUGCAAACGGUGAACCUUUGGCUGCGUCUGUUGUGUCAAGUGACCCGGAGAGACAGGGGAGCUCAAGUGGUGGCCAAGAAGGUUCUGGUGGUCAAGAGCAAGGAGGAGAUGGUGAAGAUUCUCAAGACGACGACCUGUCUGAUGCUGAUGCCGAUGAAGAUGAGUCUGAUUUGGAUAUGGCCUGGAAAAUGCUUGACAUCGCAAGGGCUAUUACUGACAAACAGGCAACUGAUACAAUGGAGAAAGUGGAUAUUCUCUCUACCCUUGCUGAAAUUUCCCUGGAGAGAGAGGACAUCGAGACUUCGCUGAGUGACUACAAGAAUGCUCUGUCCAUCCUAGAGCGACUUGUUGAACCCGACAGUCGACACACAGCCGAACUAAACUUCCGCAUAUGCAUCUGUCUAGAGACAGGAUGCCAGCCUAAGGAAGCGAUACCAUAUUGUCAAAAGGCUCUGUUAAUCUGCAAAGCUAGGAUGGAGAGGCUCACUAAUGAGAUCAAGGGUCCAUCUGCUUCAGCAACUUCCUCAACUGUCUCUGAGAUCGAGGAAGGAAUCCAACAAUCAUCCAAUGUUCCAUACAUUGAUAAGUCUGCUUCAGACAAAGAAGCUGAGAUCGGAGUCUUAUCUGGUCUCGCAGAAGACCUAGAAAAGAAGCUUGAGGACUUGAAACAACAAGCAGAGAACCCAAAGCAACUUCUUGCUGAGCUAAUGGGCAUGGCAUCAGCUAAGCCAAAUGCUGGGGACAAGGUUGUUCCUGCUGUUGCUGGUGAAAUGAGCUCUUCUCGGAUGGGAACCGCAAAUAACGGGAAAGACUUAGAGUCGCCUACAGUCUCCACUGCUCACACCGUUGCAGCAGGAGGAGGAACAGCAUCAUCAUCAGGUGUUACUCAUUUGGGUGUUGUUGGAAGGGGAGUGAAGCGUGUUUUGAUGAACGCAACCUCUGCAGAGUCAAGUCCUGCGAAGAAACUAGCUCCUGAGUCUUCAAACAAAGCAGAUGGCAACUCUUCUUGAAGGUGAAAAAGGUAUAAAAAUGUCUAUUACUAAGUUUAAGCAGAAGAAACUGAGAAAAAUGUUUGGUGUGUACCCUCAUGGUCCUUGAAGACUAGAUUCUCGAGUUCUUAUAUUGUAAUUGGGUCCGUAAUUUAAACGAUUUUUAAUCUUUGAGACUUGAAAUC